AGUAGGGGUUGUACUACAGACUACAUAGUACGCAGCAUCAUUGCAGUUAUCUGGAGACCGUGCGCGGGAAAAGUUGAUCGUCUCUUUUACGCAGAUUAAAUAAAGUUACAAUGACAACCCUUUUACGAAGAAUGUGGAAAAAUAAUUCGAAACACAAAAAAUUAUGCGAAGAAUGGGCCCUAGCUGAAUGCGAAGGGGAUGGAUGGUGGCGAGACGCGUCGAACGGAAAGGGACAGGUAGAUGUGAGAUACGCUGGCAUCGCGCCUGUAGAACGCGCCGCCUCCGCGCCCGCUACCGCUCUCGCUGUGCGCUCCGCUUUGCAUACCGCUAAGACUGCUAACAAAAAGCUUCAGAAAGUAAACCUUGACAUUAGUUCGAAAGGCAUCAUUGUAUCUGACGCUGAUACACAAGAAAAUGUAUUGAGUGUAUCAAUUUAUAGGAUUUCCUAUUGCUCUGCUGACGCAGCAAACGCCCGUGUCUUCGCCGUCGUUGAAGGAAAAUCCGCGGGAGGUGCGAGCGAGACGCACAUAGUGCACGUGUUUGUGUGUGCGAGACGGAAACAGGCUCGGGCGCUUGCUCUCUCCCUCGCACACGCUUUUAAUGACGCAUAUCAGGCAUGGCAGGCGAAUGAGGCAACUUCACUACAAUCUGGUGGAAGGCGCAGAGUUACUCCAUGGGCUAAUUUCUCCAGCGAAUCGGAUGAAGAUACGGACACUGAGCAGUGGCAAUCUCCAGAACCACUCGUUACAUUUUAAUUUAACAUUAUUCAUGUGCGACUGUGCGUAUUUUGAAAAAAAAAAAAAAUAGGCAUGUGAUGAUUUUAAUCAACUAACACGAUUUAUUUUUGGUAGGUGUUGUAAUUGGCAAAAAGAAACGUAUUUUCGUGUUUUGUGUACGCUAUAUUAUUGAAAAAUGUAAAGAAUAAAAGCGCUAAUAGAGUCGCCAGGGUAUAAUUAAAGUUUAUUAGACAAUAUUUUAUGUACAAUUAUAAAAAAUAUUACUAGGUAUUCAGGGAGUUAAUUUUUUAAUCAUAACUUAUGUAUAAUAUUUUCAUAUUCAACAAAUCGUAAGAUUUCAGAGAAUAAUCCAUAUUGUGUCAUAAUAUACAAACUUUGGAAGUUUUAAGUAGAUUUAAAAUUAAGUAUUAAGUUUAUUUAAUCUACCGAUCUCUAGGUUUUAGAAUAUACUAGUUUAGUUUUCGUCAUAGCUAAGCGAAUAAGUGUUUGUUAAGUUUUUAGGUACCGAAAUAAAAAAAAUAAAAUAUUUUUUUAUA